UGAUGGCACUACGCCAAGAUUCAGAGGUAAAUUAACUUGCUUCUGUUUACCAAUGGCGUCCUUGGAGACUGGUUUCUGAUGAAACAAAUUUGUAAACAACAGUUGAUUUCAAAUGGAGCUAAAGUAUUUGUCUGGUUUUGGGAAUGAAUUUUCUUCAGAAGACCCCAGGUGUCCGGGGUCGCUUCCGAAAAACCAAAACAGCCCUCAACAAUGCCCUUAUGGGACUUACGCAGAGCAGUUGUCUGGAACAGCAUUUACAGUUCCCAGAUUUGAGAACAAGCGGUCAUGGCUCUACAGAAUACGUCCUUCUGUUAUGCAUUCUCCCUUUGCUGCUGUUGACAUUAACAACAUCUCCAACGAUUGGAAAGAUAGAAAACCAAACCCCAACCAGCUGAGAUGGCUGCCCUUUAACAUACCUAAGGACGAGCUCGUUGACUGGGUUGAAGGACUCAACACUGUGUGCGGUGCAGGGGACCCAACUAUGAGAAGUGGUAUCAGUAUUCACAUCUACAUUUGCACCUCGUCAAUGGACAACAAGUGUUUCUACAACUCAGAUGGUGAUUUUCUGAUUGUUCCUCAACAAGGCCAUCUAGUGGUAAAAACUGAAUUUGGCAUCUUAAGAGUCGAAGUUAACGAAAUAUGUGUAAUACAACAAGGGAUGAAGUUUUCAAUCAAUGUAGACGGACCAUCUCGAGGCUAUGUGCUGGAAGUCUAUGACAACCAUUUUCAACUUCCAAAUCUGGGGCCGAUUGGAGCGAAUGGCCUAGCAAAUCCUCGAGAUUUCCUGACACCAGUAGCUCAUUAUGAAGACGUAGAGAGAGAUUACAAGAUUAUAUGUAAAUACCAAGGAAGUAUUUUUCAAGCUACACAAAGUCACAGUCCUUUCGAUGUUGUUGCAUGGCACGGGAACUACGUACCAUACAAGUACAAUUUAGCCAACUUUAUGGUCAUAAAUGCAGUUCAGUUUGACCACUGUGAUCCUUCAGUAUUCACUGUUCUCACUUGCCCAUCCACCAAACCAGGAACUGCUAUUGCAGACUUUGUCAUCUUCCCUCCAAGAUGGGCUGUCCAAGAACAUACCUUCCGUCCACCUUACUACCAUCGCAACUGUAUGAGUGAGUUCAUGGGGUUGAUCUACGGUAACUACGAGGCGAAGGAGGAGGGGUUCUGUCCAGGAGGGGCGAGUCUGCAUUCUAUUAUGACCCCUCACGGACCUGACCUUCAGUGCUUUGAAACAGCUUCUCGGGCCAACCUACAGCCUACCAGAGUGGCUGAUGGUACAAUGGCUUUCAUGUUUGAAAGUUCUCUGGGACUUGGACUAACUACCUGGGGAGAAAAUCUGUGUCAGAAGAUUGAUCCUGAUUACCAGAAAUGCUGGCAGGGACUAAUCAAAUACUUUAAGCCACCUGUGUAGAUUAGGUUAGUUUAAUUAAGUGAUUGUUAACCCUCCGAGUGUUCAUAGUUUAGGCCUUAAUGUCCGCCUAUUUUUGGCGCAUUUACAAGGUUUUAUUAAAACGGUUCUGAGAAGCUUAAAACAAUGUUAAUUCUACUGUUCUAUGUACCAUUUUGUUUGGAAAAUCAUGGGCUUCAAUAUUAUACAUAAAACAUAAGGAACAUUUGUUUCAAAAAAAUUUUUUAGGUAAAAAAAAUAUUUUGGAAAAUUUUCAAAAAAAAAAUAAGUUUGCGCUCAAUGAAAUUGUAUAAAUUAUAGGCCUAUAAAUAUUUGUUCUAAGUUUUAUGAGGAUUACAAAUAUAUAGUAAUAUAAGGAAGUAGAUUUGCAAAUAAAUAAGUUAUGGGCAAAAAACAGAUUUCAGUACAUAGCGUUUAGCUAAGAAUGCAUAGCCUAACCAUAGCUAGGAAUCUGGCUGAUAAUUUACAUCAAUAUCACUACCUACUUCUUCAGGAUCAUCAACCAGCCCUUCAAAAUCACUUAAAUCUUCUUAUAAUGCACCACGUAUAUCACUACUUUUGAUUUUUAACACUAAAACAAUGAUAAACGUAAUAAAACACAUCAGUCAUCGGUCCGAGGGUAACCUAGCUGUUUACAAAUACGCACGUCAGCUGUCUGCUACAAUUACGAUCGGCUCGGAGAACAUAAAGCGCUUAGAGACAGACCUCUGGAGAAAGCGUAGAAUAUAACGAAAAUAACGAUACCUAACUCAAUCCAGUUCAAUCCGAUUCAGUCAGUCAUAGAGCCUUCGCCGUAAAUGAUGUUCGUGCGUCGAAAAAUCGACGCGUGACACUACACAAAGUGUGUCGCGCGUCGAUUUUUUGACGAGUGACGCUCGGAGGGUUAAAGUUAUAAAUUAUUAAUGUAAAAGUGACUAUUAUGCUUUGUAUAAAAAGAUCAGGGGCUUAAGUCCUGAUUCAAUAAAUUGUGUAAUAAUAUUUUUAAAAGUAUAAUAAACUUGUUGAAUU